AUGUCUUCUCGUCCGGAGCUCAACGCCCAUAAAUUUUUUGCAGAUCGCUUCGCCGCUGUCCUCGCUCAGCAGGGGAACUCUCCCCGCCAAGUGUCGUCUAUGGGCUUUGGAGCCUUAGCCAUCACCGAUGGCUCGCCUUCUGCUGCUGCAGCUUCCGCUGCAGUUCCUUCUGCCCCCGCGUCCCCUGCUGCGGUUACGACCCCUCUCUCCUCUGGCCAACAGGAGGUCAGACCUGCUCCUGUUGGCCCUUUGCAAGCUUCGGGUCAGUCCGCUACUGUGGUGGAAAUCGACGAUGAUGAUGAAGAGAUGGAUGGUGAUGAGGAGGUGGUUGGUGUUCGUUGUGGCAAAGAGACGGGUGUGUUGGUUGAUGAUGGUGAGACGGGUGGUGCAGAUGAUGAUGAUGAGAUGGGUGAGGUCGAUGAAGAUGAGGAAAUCCUCAGUGUUGAUCUCGGUGAUCCGGCGCUGUUUGAGGAUAGAGAAACUUGGGUGUCAGAGUUGGAAAAGUUAAGCCCUGUUCGUGAUAAUGAGGGGUCUCCCGAAUUCCGCGUACAGCUCCAGACUUCUUUCGGGAAGAAACGGCCGAGAAAGAUUAAAGCCGAGAAACGUCGCCGUUCCCCUUCCGCCCACGACGAAGUAACUCCUCCUUCGGCGAAACGGGUCAAAGAGACCCCUCGAUCCUCUACAGGACAGGCUGAAUUGUUUCCCUCCCCUUCCAACGAGCCAGGGAGUGCUCGCAAGGCAUCGUUGCGAGAGCAGAAUAGGCUAUGGAAGUUGUUUAUCGAUGAAAGGGAGCGAUGGGAGGUCGCCAGUAUCGAUGAGUCGUGUGAUAGAUGUCGCCGUGAAAUUAUCACGUAUGGGAGAGCGAAAUGGCCGUGUCUACGACCGGUCAAACCUCAUAAUCGCGGGUCCCGUUGUGCUUCUUGCACUUCUGGCCCCUGCUCGUUCUGUCCCCCCAACACCGCUCGGGAUAUUCCUCCUAGACCUUCUGCUCCCCUCGGUCCCCCCUACACUCCGUCCGCCGCUGUUCGCCGCCGUCUCCCCACAGCCCAAGACGGGGACUAUCCUUCGCGCUCUCCUUCGGCGAACUUCUCCUCUCCCGGCCCCAUCUCGCCGUCACCCGCCGUCCGUCGCCCGCCUAACUCUCCCGUGGCCGGACCGUCUCGUCUCCCUGCUACUCCUUCUGCAGGUUCGUCUCGUCGCGCGCCUCGCCGUGCUCCCUCUGCCUCCCUCCAGCCCUCAACACCUGUGGCUGGCCCAUCUCGUCUCCCGGCUACUCCUUCUGCCGGUCCGUCUCGUUCCACCAGGAGCCGUCCUACUCCUGUGUCAACCCAAGAGGAGUCUCCCCUAAGUCUCCCUCCUGCCCUUGGGACCCGAAGCCGUCAACCAUCUGCUCCUCCUGCUUCUGGGCUCUCAACUCCUGCACCUCCUGUGAAAGCUCCUCCGAAAUCUUCGAAAGAGAAAGGCAAGAAGAAGAAAGCUGUCCAGUUCGAACCGGCUGUGGUGGAAAACGAAAGUACUCAGCUACCAGAGGAAAUCCCUCCUUCCCUCGACCACCCCACUAUCGCUAUCGACCCUCGGAUACCAGAGGAAGACAAACAGCUAGCCACCUUUCGCUCCGUCAUUAUUGGUUUAACCACUCAAUUACAAGCCAAUAGACGAGAUACGGCGAAGCUCGUCGAAUAUUGCGUGAAGUUGGUCUCCGCAAUGAAUACUCUCUCUCGGACACUGGCAACCCUUGUGAACUCCUCCGACAUAGGGCCAUUAGGGCGAACUGAGUUAGCUAGAGUCUCCCGAGAGCUCACAACGGACAUGAGCGACUUCUACCGCAAUCUCUUUGACUCUCCCUACCUCCUGAACCCCACUGAGUAUAUGCUCCCCCCUACGCUGGACUGGUUAAAACCAUCUCAACCAGCUCGACUCAGUUCUCAGGAUGGUGCUUUCCUCGAUAUCCUAACUCUUCCCGCAGACUGUCUUAGAGCACUUCGUCAGUUGUGGAAAUCACCUAGUCUGAGUCUCGCUCGUGAUCCUGCUCUCCACUCCGCUCACAUUCUCGCCUUUAACACAGCAUGGAAGGAGACUCGAGCCCUCCGACGGACGGUGGCACCGAAGGUUACUGAGAGUAGUUCUGGGGGUGGUCCUGCACCGGGGAACGAGGAACAGGGAGGAAGUUCGCAGCAGUGA